GUUUAAUGCACUACUGAAUUGCCUAGAAUCUUAAGAAUGUUAAACAAUAAUUAUUUUUGCUACGGCGCAUCUAAAGAGACAUGGUAGUUUGGAAAGAUUAUUGAUUCCAGGCUCCCUUUGUAGGAAAUUCCUAUGGCGGAGGCUAUGAUAAGCUCAUUAGUCCUAAAGAUAGGUGCUGCUUUAGCUAUUGAAACAACAAAAUCAGCAGCAUCACUAUUACUAACACGGAUGUUAGCAAUGAAAGAACUCAUGAAGGAUAUAAGUGAGAUUAAGGAUGAGCUUGAGAGCAUGCAAUCCUUCCUACGGAUCAUGGAAAGACUAAAAGAGAAGGAUGAGAGCACAAAAAUCUUUAUAAAACAAACAAGAGACUUGGCUUUCGACAUUGAGGAUAUUAUAGAUGCGUUCACGUAUAAGCUGGGCGAGGAGCAAGGAGGGGUUCUACCAACAACAAUCAAGAGGUACAGAAAUAUAAAAUCCUGGCAUCACCUUAGCAAGAAACUUAAAGAUAUCAAAAUUGACCUCCAAAAGAUAAUGGAGAGAAGGACACGAUAUGAUGCAAGAGGAAUGGAAAGUGAAGCAAAACCUCGAAUAGCUGUUGGCGGUAGCAAGAGUCGUGCAGAAUCAGCGCAUUUUGUUGAGGAGGAUGAUAUCGUGGGUAUUGACAAGUAUAGGGACUUGUUGCUCAGAUGGUUGACAGAUGAGGAAGAGCAGCAACGACAGCCCAUGAUAAUCUCAGUGUUGGGGAUGGGUGGUCUAGGGAAGACAACUCUCGUAACUCAUGUGUACAAAAUCAUCAAACCUACCUUUGAUGCUUGUGCCUGGGUUGCUGUAUCUCAAAGUUAUGAGACUCGUGAUUUGCUUAGACAGAUCUUAAAUGAUUUCUAUAGGGAAGAUCGUGAGAAAAGAGAAGCACCUAAAAACAUUGAUACCAUGGAUUACAGAAGUUUAGUUGAGAAAAGAGAAGUAACUAACAACAUUGAUACCAUGGAUUAUAGAAGCUUGGUUGAGACUAUCCGCACUUACUUGCAGUGUAAAAACUAUAUACUCAUUCUGGAUGAUGUUUGGAGUACUGACGUAAUGGACAAUAUAAAAGAUGCACUUCUGAAUAGUAAUAGCAAGAGUAGAAUAGUUCUGACAACAAGGAUUCGUGAUGUAGCACUAUUAGCUGACGAGCACCGUAUGUUUGAGCUAAAGACGCUAGAGGCAAAUCAUUCAUGGGAUUUGUCUUGUAAACACGCAUUUUGGAAAAGUGCAAACAAGAUUUGCCUGCCACCUUUAGAACAAUGUGCUAAAAAAAUUGUCGAGAAGUGCGGUGGCUUGCCCCUUGCUAUCGUAUCUAUAGGCCGUCUCUUAUCAUUUCGAGAACAAACCGGUUCUGAAUGGGAGAAGGUUUACAAAGAUCUUGAGUGGUAUCUAACUAACAACGAUUCGAAACUUCAUGAAAAAGUACAUAACAUUUUGAAACUUAGUUUGGAGGAUCUUCCCCAUUACCUUCGAAAUUGCUUCUUAUAUUGUUCUAGUUUUCCCGAAGAUUAUCGAAUUAGCGGUUACAAGCUCAUAUGGCUUUGGGUGGCUGAAGGGUUCAUUGAAGAAAGAGGAGAAACGAUGGAGGAAGUGGCCGAGGACUACCUUAAUGAACUUGUUCAUCGCUGUCUACUACAAGUCGUUGAGAGGAACGAAGUCGGUAGAGUUCGUGCAUGUCGAAUGCAUGACAUCAUUCGAGUCCUUGCUCUUUCGGAGUCAAAGGAGUUAAGUUUCUGCAUGGUUUACGAGCAAUCAAGGACAAAAUUGCAGAGAUCCAAAGCACACCGUUUGUCAAUCCUAAGCAAUAUAACUAAUUAUUGUACUGAAGAGAAAUCUUAUUUGCGUUCAGUACUUAUUUUGAACAAUUCCGAGAGCUAUGAUUUACUGAAGUCGGUCUUAAGAUCAUCAAAAUUUUUACGUGUCUUGCAACUAGAAGAAGCGCCAAUCAAGAAACUACCGAGUGAGAUCUGUAACCUAUUCAACCUGCAUUAUCUUGGUUUGAGAGCAACAGAAAUUAAGGAGCUUCCAAGAUUAAUCGGGAAGCUACAAAAUCUGCAAGUAUUAGAUAUAUUUGAAAGUGAAAUAAAAAAGCUGCCAAUGGGAAUAACAGAGCUUCAAAAGUUGAGACAUCUAAUUUUGCCCCGCAAUUUGGGUAAGAACAUCAAGGCACUGGUGGGAAUAUGGCGCUUGAAGGGCUUGCACACUUUAGGAUAUAUUGAAGCAACUAGGAAGAUUGUGCGGGAUGUAGAAGCUUUGACUGAGUUACGGACAUUUAGGAUAAGGGGCGUAAGAACCCAUCACUGUGCAGACUUGUGGAAUAGUAUCACAAAAAUGAACCAUCUUAGCUAUUUAUUUGUUGAAAGUGAACGAGGACAAGAAUUACAGCAGUUGGGCACUCUACGCCUACCUCUACCAAUUCAAAGAUUAUUGCUGUGGGGUAAAUUAGACAAAAACUCACUCCCUGAGCUUGCCACGUCCUUUGGGUCUCUAGCAAACCUAACCACAUUAGCACUUUCAGAGGCAAAAUUGGAUGAAGAUACAUUUCCUUACCUACAAGCGUUGCCUGCGUUGAUGUUUCUCUACCUUUCCGAGGCAUACGACGGUAUGAAGUUGCACUUCCAAGCAACAUCAUUCCCGAAGCUAAAGGAAUUGUACAUAACAGAUGACCCGAAUCUCAAGCAGGUGGAAAUAGAAAGAGGAGCAAUGGCAAGCCUGAAUAAGCUUCAGCUAAAAAGUUGCCUCGAGCUAAAGGAGCUGCCCCACGGCAUCGAGUACCUUACCACCCUUCAGGAUUUAUACAUUGCCUACCCAGCAGAGGAACUUGUUGAGCUGCUUCUAGGAGGAGGAGAAGGCGACCACAGCAAUGACUGUCGUACGAGGGUUCGCCACAUCCCGAAUUUUACUAUUGGUUUCGAACGACACGGCGAGUUUGUCACAGAAAGGAUUCAGUGAUUCCGUAUCAUGUAGGUGAGUUUGUGUGCUUUUUGCAAAGCACUGGCCGAGCUUGAUGCUUUCAUAUUUUCCGCCUCAGAUCUUCUAAAUAAUCCGUGCUUGAGAAAAAUUGAAAAUGAUGAUCGAUAUAUGCAGAUAUUAUCUUAUAUGUAUAUUUUAUUUUAUUUUAUUUUCAGUGUAUACGUAUGUAAAAGUGAACGCAUCAAAUUAGUUGGUGCCUUCAGCUACUCCACAGUAUUAUGUAUUCGGAGAAUGCUUUGUACCCGUAAAACUUCAUUUAUUGACAAAAAAAAAAAAAGAAAAUCCUUCCCUUAUAAA